UGACACGACUAAAGCCUCUACCCAUAUUACCAAUCUCUCUCUACUCUCUCUCGUACAUAUUCUUUCUUUAGUCCCAUAUGCAUAUAUAGCACCUCAUAGACACCCUGCGGGAAAAGGGGGGGAUUUGUUUUUCUAAGCUAUAAGCUUAUCAGAAAGGAUUAAAGAAAGAAACUUAUAUGGAUAUAUAGCUUAUACUUGUGCCCAGUUUUUGGCUUGUUAAUUGAGUUCCUUCACUCAAUCUCUUGCUUCAUCCCAAAACUGAGAUAAAAGAAAGGACAAAGAGCUUUUUCUAGCUUCAAGAAAAUUCAAAUCCUUUAUUCAUUUGCUUUCAACUGUACCUUCUUUUCGUUUCCAACUGUAAAGAGUUCUGCUUUCAGGUUCUCCAUUGAAAACAAAGGCUUGCUUUUUGGCCUGCAUUUAUUGGAAUUCUAAUUGGAGAUAAUCAAAUUAAUUGUCGGUUGUCUGUGAAUUUGGUGAUGGGGGAUCAUUUUGUCUUGUUGGUGGAUCGAUUGAUAACGGAAUCUACAUUAGAAGCUGCAAUUGAGAGCAGAAACCGAUUGAUGCAGGCAACAGCAUCAGCAAUUGAUGAAACAAAAAUUGUUAUAUCUUCCCAGAAAGUGGAUUUUGGAGAUGUGUCGACUCCAAGGAAAAUGGUGGAAUGCAGGAUAUGCCAGGAUGAGGAUGAAGAUUCCAACAUGGAGACGCCUUGCUCUUGUUGCGGUAGCCUGAAGUACGCUCACCGCAGAUGUGUUCAAAGGUGGUGUAAUGAGAAGGGUAACACCAUAUGUGAGAUAUGCCAUCAGCAAUUCACACCUGGUUAUACAGCUCCGCCACCCCUAUAUCAAAUUAGACGUAUUCCAGUGAACCUCAGGAGAAACUGGGAGACUUCUGGAAGAGACUUACGUGGUCCCCGCUUUAUAGCAAUGGUGUCAACUGACCGUAAUUUCCUUAAUCCUGACCAUGAAGAGUAUUCAGCUUCGUCAAGAAACUCAAUCUGCUUUCGCUCAGUUGCUGUAGCUUUUAUGAUUCUUUUGAUUCUGCGGCAUACUCUCCCAGUCAUCCUUACUAGGACCAAUGAAAUUUCCUUCCCAUUGCUCAUGUUGUUAUUUCUACGAAUUGCUGGGAUUGUUCUUCCAGUAUAUGUUAUCGUGAAAGCAGUAACCGCACUCCAACAUCGCCGCCAUCAAGAGGAGUCUCCAAAUGUGUCUUUUGCUGCAGAAGCUGAGCUUUCAAGUGAGCAGGCUCAGCAGCAUAUAAACAAUGUUCCUUAGUUUGUUUGUGUGCAAAAUGGAAGUAAUUUCACAAUAAAACAUUGGCAUCGGCUAGUGAGCAGCAGCAGCAGCAUCUGCCAAUUGUUAAGUUGGUCUUGUGUUUCAAGGUAUAUGAAGAUGGCUUCAUUGUCAGACGUCAGAAGAAAGACUGAAAAGUAAAACUUCUAAGGUGAUUCUCUCUGCAGCCACAGUUUAACUGGAUUCUGGUUUCUGAAAGAAUGUUAUAGCUUAUCAAACAGCUGAGAUAGAGGCAGCAGUUACCCUGGAAAUAUUUAGAAAGCAAUUGUCAACUAACUAUUAUUCAAGUUAUUGAAUGUGCAUUUUCUAUAUUGGUUAUCAUCUAAGAAGUUUGUACAGGAAAAUAUCCCAUUGUAUAUGCAGACAUUUUUAACCAUGUCCAUGUUGAUAACCAUCUGUAGUAGCAAGGAUUUGGAAAUUAUUGGAACGCGACAAGCGGCUUAAAAA